CUACUUUGUCCCCGUCCUAGUGGAAUCAUGGAGGGGAAUCACUCUCUUCGUUCUCCAAUUCCCACUCCAUAUGCCUCCUCUCCUCUCCCCAACCCAUUAACUCUGGGACAAACCCACACCUCCCUUCACCAAAAAUGUCCAUGCCCUUCUCUCACUUCCUUCCCGUUCCCCAAUUGUCACGCACUUCUCCGCUAGCUUCGCAGAACUGCAUCGUCCCAUUUCGGUACCCACAAGCUCCCAAGCUCGCGCCCUCAAGACCCACUAGCGAAAGCCAGGGACUUUCCGGUUCCGGCAAGCCGAGUACCUUGCUGGGGCGAUCCAGUUUGACCCCUAACAUCGGGAGCGACCAAUUGGGUGUCGCAAAGUCCGAGCUUUACGGCGCGAGACGGAGGGACGUGAAAUUCGGCCGCGUGAGGCUGCGAGCGGUGGUUAGUGAAGAGAGGGCUGUGGAGAGAGAAGGAAAUGGGAAAGUGGGUGGGAGAGAUGGAGAGGACUGCUAUGAUGCCAUCGUGAUUGGGUCGGGGAUUGGAGGCCUGGUCGCGGCCACGCAGUUGGCGGUGAAAGGGGCGAAGGUUCUCGUGUUGGAGAAGUACGUGAUUCCCGGUGGGAGCUCUGGUUUUUAUGAGAGAGAUGGGUAUACGUUUGAUGUUGGGUCUUCUGUGAUGUUCGGUUUCAGUGACAAGGGAAACCUAAACCUGAUAACCCAAGCGCUAGCUGCAGUGGGCUGCAAGAUGGAAGUUAUACCUGAUCCAACUACAGUCCACUUCCAUUUGCCCAGUGACCUUUCUGUUAGAGUGCACAGGGAAUACAGUGAUUUCCUUAGAGAACUGACUGGCAGAUUUCCUCACGAGAAGGAAGGGAUUCUCAAGUUCUACGGCAUAUGUUGGAAGAUUUUCAACUCCUUAAACUCGCUGGAACUCAAGUCUCUGGAAGAACCAAUAUACCUCUUUGGACAGUUCUUUCAGAAACCUAUUGAGUGCUUGACACUUGCCUACUAUCUCCCUCAGAAUGCUGGAGCUAUAGCUCGGAAGUACAUAAAGGAUCUGGAAUUGUUAUCUUUCAUUGAUGCAGAGUGUUUUAUUGUGAGUACAGUCAAUGCACUGCAGACACCAAUGAUAAAUGCAAGCAUGGUACUUUGUGACCGGCAUUUUGGGGGUAUUAACUAUCCUGUUGGUGGUGUUGGUGGAAUUGCAAAGUCCUUGGCAAAUGGGUUGGUUGAACAGGGCAGUGAUAUACAAUACAGGGCAAACGUGACUAAUAUCAUCCUUGAGAAUGGAAAGGCUGUAGGAGUCAGGCUGUCAGAUGGAAGGAAGUUCUUCGCUAAGACCAUAAUAUCUAAUGCCACAAGAUGGGACACAUUUGGUAAGCUUUUAAAGGGAGAAAAUCUGCCAAAAGAAGAAAGAGAAUUCCAGACACGUUAUGUUAAAGCGCCAUCAUUUCUUUCCAUCCACAUGGGGGUUAAAGCUGAGGUUUUGCCCCAGGAUACUGAUUGCCAUCAUUUUGUGCUCGAGGACACAUGGUCAAGACUAGAGGAGCCUUAUGGCAGUAUAUUUUUGAGCAUUCCAACCAUCCUUGACCCAUCAUUGGCUCCUGAAGGACACCAUAUUCUUCAUAUAUUUACAACUUCUUCCAUUGAAGAAUGGCAGGGACUCCCUCAAAAAGAAUACGAGGAAAAGAAGCAGCUUGUGGCUGAUGAAAUCAUUAGAAGAUUAGAGACGAAGCUAUUUCCAGGACUCAAAUCAUCCAUUGCCUUUAUGGAGGUGGGGACACCCAAAACGCACCGGAGAUACUUGGCACGUGAUGAAGGAACUUAUGGACCAAUGCCACGUAACGUACCUAAAGGCUUGUUGGGAAUGCCUUUUAAUACAACAAGCAUAGAUAGCCUUUACUGUGUGGGAGACAGCUGCUUUCCAGGACAAGGUGUCAUUGCGGUAGCCUUUUCUGGCGUGAUGUGCGCUCAUAGAGUAGCUGCUGAUAUUGGUCUUGAGAAGAAGUCACCCAUCUUGGAUAAUGCCCUGCUUGGUGUACUUGGUUGGCUGCGUUCGUUAGCAUGAGAUCGUACUCAGGUAUUCAUCAUC